AUGACAACUGAACAUCUCUCAUGCUGUAUGAACUAUUUGCUAACCUGUGUCAUCGUUGCAGUGACUCGAUCUCACAAGUUCAACGACAAGGACCACGCUGGCCUUGCUGAGGGAACUGUUGUCCCUCAUGAAAACGUCCCCAAGUUCUUCGCCAAGAACGGCUUCGAUGGAGUUGACCCAAAGAAGACCAAGAAGAACGGCGGAGGCAAGGGUAAUUGGGGCCCAGCGGGUGCUGAAGUCGUCGACGAGGAUUUCAACUUUGUCAAUGCUCGUCGCCGCUCCAACAGCAGUAGCUUUUCUACCCACCUCAGGGAUCUCAAGUCUAAGUUUGAGAUCAACGAACCCGAACCCGUCUUCGAGGAAAGACUUCACGGGCCUGAGGUUGAGGACGACAAUAUCCUCAGCAAGACCGAGACUUCUUCAAGCGCGGGAAGCUCAUCGGACGAGCAAAAGUAG